AUGGCGAAAGGCAAGUCACCAGUCGCCGAUCAUGCUCAACAGAAGAUCCAAGAGACUUCUCUUGAAGCCGAGUCGCGUAAAAUGGCGGGCUUUGACGACAUUGAGAAAGUGCUACCAAAACGCUGGGCUGUCUCCGAGAUGGGCUUCCUCGACAAACUCACCGGUCGUCUAGGCCGUCGAAAUCCCUUCUACAAGCCAGCAACUCCCGACAAGAAUAUAGUCACCCUCCUCGACACUAUCGCCUACCGGCCUGUUCACCCCUACCCGCACAGUCCGCAACCAUGGCAGGCCGAGGUUGUUGCCGCCAUCUUCUACAAGGGACGGAAAGAUGUUGGGGAUGUUGUCAGCACCAUCGCAGAUACAAUCGGAUUGGAUGGCGACGUCGGCUCAAAUGAAGAAGCCAAGGCAAGAAUCGCAGAGCGCAUCCAACCAUUCAUCGACGAGAUCGCACCUGCCAAAUCUGUCGAAAUCGCCAUCCCGCAAACGACCGGCGCGCCAAUAAGGAAGAUGCUAGGCCCCUCCAACGCCAGCGGCAUAACCUCUCAAACAGAGCUCACCGGCGGCAACGACGAAUCCGACGGCACCAACGUCGUCUUCACAGCUCCAGCAUUCCCCGAGGCAAAAGCCCACAUCCACUACGCUGCUCCAGAAGGAUGGGGGAUAAUUUCCGACGUCGACGAUACCAUCAAAGUAACCCAAACCACCAACCCCAUCGGCAUCCUGAAAACGACCUUCGCCGAUGAACCGCAACCCAUCGCCGGCAUGGCCGACCUCUACAAGGUAGUCCACGACCAAUUCAACAACCCCGUGUGGUUCUACCUCUCCGCCUCCCCCUACAACCUCUACCCCUUCCUCCACGAAUUCAUCCGCACGCACUACCAACCCGGCCAACUCAUCCUGCGCGACAACUCGUGGAUGUUCCUCGGCGGCCUCCUACAGAGCCUCACCCAGGGCACCCAGGCCUACAAAGUCGACCGGCUCGAAAAAAUCCACCGCUGGCUUCCCAAGCGCAAAUUCAUCUGUGUCGGCGACUCCACCCAGUCCGAUCCCGAGUCGUAUGCCGAGAUGUAUCGCAAAUACCCCAAGGGGUGGAUCAGGGCCAUCUACAUCCGGAAGGUGACGGAUGUGAGCAAUAUGGAGAAGAAGAACGAACAGGCUAGGUUUGACAGGGCGUUUGAGGGGGUGCCGCGGCAGGUGUGGAAGAUCUUCGAACAGCCGCACGAGAUAGAGGAGCAUUUGAGGAAUUUAGCCGGAGAGACGUAA